AUGGAGGUUAUACACAAGGCACCUUUUGGAGAAGUGAUCUCUCUUGACGUGGCCAAACCAUAUGGGACAUUACAAUAUGAUGUUAAAAUUGAUCAGUGGAAAAACAGAUUUAGUGAUCAUGAUGGAGAGCCUUACAGAAUAUUGCCAGGGGAUAUCCUUAUCUUUUCGGAUGCAUAUCCUGAGACUGUAUCUGAUUUUCACCGAGCAGGUUGGACAUGGAAUUUUGCACUAGUCACUAAUCUUUCAGAAGACGAGAAUGAAGAAAGUGGUACAUGGACCAGUUUUAAAGUCAAAACAUUAAAAGAAAUUGACGUCAAAGAUAGGAUGCAGAAGUCUCUGUUCAUGAUUUUUUUGAUAAAUGAAACGGCUAACAAAAGAAUGUGGAAUUCAUUGCACAUGUUCAGAAAUAUGAAGAUUAUUGAGGAAGUUCUGUGCACUCGUUCAGCGGUUGAAGAAAAUUGCAAUCUUUGUUCAGUACUUAGCGACAUUAAAAUGGCUGAAAGAGUUGGCACAAAUAUGUCCAUACUAAAUGAAUCUCAAACUGAGGCAAUCUUGGCUUGUCUUCGUGGACUGGAGUGUAACCACAAGCCUUCUGUGGAACUUAUAUGGGGGCCCCCAGGAACAGGGAAGACAAAACUCUUAAGUGUGAUGCUUGUUACACUCUUAAAAAUGAAGUACAGGACACUUAUCUGUGCCCCAACCGAUGUGGCAAUAAGGGAAGUGGCCUCUCGGGUGGUAAAACUGGUGAGAGGGUCACUUGAAACUGAAUCUGAAAAAGGUGAUUUAUUUUGCUCUUUAGGAGAUGUAAUUUUAUUGGGGAAUAAAGAUCGGCUGAAAGUUAGUUCAGACAUUGAAGAGAUCUAUGCAGAUUAUCGUGUUGAAAGGCUUGUAGAGUGUAUAAGCCCGCGGAUUGGUUGGAGGCAUUGUUUAUCUUCCAUGAUUGAUUUUCUUGAAGAUUGUGUUUGUCAGUACCGUAUUUUUGUGGAAAAUGAAUUGAUCAGAGCAAAAGAACACAGUCAUGAAGAUGAAGUAAUAAAGGUGGAAGUUAGAUCAUUUCUUGAGUUUGCAAGAGACCGGUUCAAACCUAUUGCAUCAUCCCUCAGGACAUGUCUAUAUAUAUUCUGUAUUCAUUUGCCUAGAAGCUUCAUUAAAGAACAGAAUUUCCAACUCAUGGUGGAUCUUAUUCGAUUACUUGAUUCAUUUGAAAAACUGUUUGAAGAGAAUGUGGUUUCAGAAGAACUGGAGGGGCUAUUUUCGCACCAGCAAGUAGUUGAAGAUUCUUGUGAGUCAGUUGUGGAUACAUCAUCCCAGUCAUGCAUGAGAAGCUUGUGCCUCUCUGCUCUAAAAACUCUUCGACGUUCUCUUGAAGAGCUUGGCCUUCCAAGUGUGAUGGACAGAGGUUCAAUGAAGGCAUUUUGUUUUCAAAAAGCUUCCUUAAUUUUCUGCACUGCUUCUAGUUCAUAUAACUUGCACUUAAUGGAUAUGAAUCCACUCAGCUUGUUAGUCAUUGAUGAAGCUGCACAGUUGAAAGAGUGUGAAUCCAUCAUACCCCUUCAACUCCAAGGUAUAAGCCAUGCUAUUCUCGUUGGGGAUGAGUGUCAAUUACCAGCAAUAGUUACUAGCAAGGUUUCUGAUGAAGCUGGAUUUGGGAGAAGCUUAUUUGAAAGAUUAAGUUCAUUGGGUCAUUCAAAGUACCUUCUUAAUAUGCAAUACAGAAUGCAUCCGUCUAUUAGUAUCUUUCCAAAUUCAAAUUUUUAUCACAACAAGAUCUUGGAUGCACCAAAUGUUAAGAGCAAACGCCAUGAAAGGCAUUAUCUUCCAGGGCCAAUGUUUGGUCCCUAUUCAUUUAUAAAUGUUGUUGGUGGUAGAGAAGAAUUGGAUGAUGUUGAACAUAGUCACAGAAAUAUGGUUGAGGUAGCUAUUGUGGUGAAGAUAGUGCAGAGUCUAUAUAAAGCAUGGAAUGCCUCGAAAAAGAAGAUUAGCAUUGGUGUAAUAUCACCCUACGCUGCUCAAGUUAUGGCGAUCCAAGAUAAGCUUGGGCAGAAGUAUGAGAACUAUGAUGGAUUUGUGUUGAAAGUUAAGUCUGUUGACGGAUUUCAAGGUGGAGAGGAAGAUAUUAUAAUAAUAUCAACUGUGAGGUCUAAUAGGGGUGGAUCUAUUGGUUUCAUAUCUAGUCCUCAAAGAACUAACGUUGCUUUGACAAGAGCCAGGCACUGUCUCUGGGUUCUGGGAGAUGAAAAGACACUAAUUAAGAGUGAAUCAAUUUGGGAAGUGUUAGUAUGUGAUGCUAAGGUCCGUCAAUGUUUCUUCAAUGCUGAUGAAGAUGAUAAUAUUUCCAAAACUAUAUUAGAUGUGAAGAAAGAGCUCGAUCAACUUGAUGAUUUGCUAAAUGGGGACAGUAUGCUUUUCUAUAGUGCAAGGUGGAAGGUUCUUUUCAGUGAUAACUUCAGAAAAUCAUUUAAGAAGCUUAAGUCUUCUCGCCAGAAGAAGUCAGUCGUGAACCUUCUAAUUAAGCUAUCUAGCGGCUGGCGACCUAAGAGGAACGUGGACUCAGUUUGUGGAAGCUCUUCACAGAUCAUGAAACAAUUCAAGGUUGAACGACUUUAUAUUGUUUGCACAAUUGACAUUGUGAAGGACUCUAAGUUCAUACAAGUUUUAAAGGUUUGGGAUAUAUUGCUGUUGGAGGAGAUCCCAAACCUGGUGAGACGUCUUGAUAGCAUAUUUGCUAUGUACACUGAUGAUUUUAUCAGACGCUGCAAGAAGAAAUCUCUAGAGGGGGAUUUGGAAGUUCCAAUGAGUUGGGUGACCUCUUAUGACAUUGUACGGUUUAAGGAUCUGAGUAAAAAUGAACUUGGCAAUGACUCAAGUACUGGUGCCAUAGAUGGUAGAAGCUAUGUUGAAAAUUCAAAGGUGAGUGAAAGCUUGUUGCUGAUGAAGUUCUACUCCUUAUCAUCCGGUUUUGUGAACCACUUGCUUUCUGACCUUGAUGGCCAAGAACUUGAUCCCCCGUUUGAAGUAACAGAUGAGGAGCGGGAGAUAAUUCAAUUCUGUAGAAGCUCCUUUAUAAUUGGUCGGUCAGGAACUGGGAAAACUACUGUUUUGACCAUGAAAUUAUUCCAAAAGGAACAACAGCAUUAUAUUGCCUCUGAGGGAUUUCAUGCAGGUAAGAACAGUGCGGCUACACAUUUGAGCCAGACAAAGCAGGUCAACAAGUGCAUUCGGGAGACUAACUUGCGGCAGCUUUUCGUGACCGUGAGUCCAAAACUGUGCCACGCUGUCAAACAGCAUGUUAACCAGCUGACAAGCUUUGCUCGUGGUGGGAGUUAUUCAUCAGAAAUCAGUUUGAUCGAUAUUGACGAUGUGUCACAAUUUAAAGAUGUCCCUGAUUCUCUUGUUGACAUUCCUGCCAAAAAGUACCCCCUCGUCAUUACUUUUCAUAAGUUGAUAAUGAUGCUGGAUGGAACAUUGGGUAAUUCGUACUUUGAUCGAUUCCAAGUUUUAUGGGAUAAUUCUUGUGAUAAAAGUAGAAGUUCAAGAUCGGUUGCAUUGCAAACAUUUAUAAGAAUGAAGGAGGUUAACUAUAACAGGUUUUGUUCACUUUAUUGGCCCCAUUUCAACACCCUGCUGACAAAGGAGCUUGAUCCGUCGCAAGUGUUUACUCAGAUAACUUCCCAUAUAAAAGGAGGCGUGCGAGCAGGGGAGGCCCUUGAUCAUAAACUCAGUCGCGCAGAGUAUGUUUCAUUGUCUGAGGGUCGAGUGUCCACUUUGAGCGUGCAGAAGAGGGAAAGCAUAUAUAAUAUUUUUCGAGAUUAUGAAAAAAUGAAGACUGAACAUGGUGAUUUUGAUUUAGCUGAUCUAGUAAUUGACCUUCAUCAUAGGCUGAAAAAUGAAAAAUUGGAGGGUGACAAAAUGGAUUUUGUAUAUAUUGACGAAGUGCAAGACCUUACGAUAAAACAAAUUGCGCUUUUCAAAUAUAUCUGCAGAAAUAUUGAUGAGGGCUUUGUUUUUUCUGGUGAUACAGCACAGACGAUUGCACAAGGGAUUGAUUUUAGGUUCGAGGAUAUACGGUCUCUGUUCUAUAAUGAUUUUAUAUUGCAAUCAGUAAGUGAUGAAUCUACUGGAAGAAAAGAAAAAGGACUGAUAUCAGAAAUUUUUAAUCUGAGGCAGAACUUCCGAACCCAUGCUGGUGUGCUUAAAUUAGCACAGAGUGUUAUUGAUCUUCUUUGCCAUUUUUUUCGAAAUUCUAUUGAUAUUUUGAAACCCGAGACUAGUCUUAUAUAUGGUGAAGCUCCAGUUUUACUUGAACCUGGCAAUGAAGAAAAUGCAAUUGUAACUAUUUUUGGAAACAGUGGAAAUGUUGAUGGGAAGAUUGUUGGCUUUGGUGCUGAGCAGGUCAUAUUAGUACGCGAUGACUCUGCCAGGAUGGAAAUAUCUGAUUAUAUUGGAAAGCAAGCUCUUGUUUUGACUAUAAUGGAGUGCAAGGGCCUCGAGUUUCAGAAAGAACAGAAUCAAAUAAUGUAUGAAAACUCACUUGCAAUGGGUGAUGCUAUGAACGCAGAACUUACUGAAACCUUCCACAUCCGUCCAGCAUUGCUUCAAGCCAUCCUCACUAUGUCACUUUCUUUGUUCCUUUUGUUGGGAAAAUCACUGUUCAUGAAUCUGCAAUACCACCUUUAA